AUGCCAUCUGCAACUACCCAAAUACGCCACUUCGACCUUUCCAAGGCCACAGUGAGACCUGAAGGAGAUAUCUCUACCGCGUUCAACUCUUUCGGUAAAGGCGAGACUUACGACAACUCGUUUUGGGCCGACAUCAAAAAAUCUUUGAUCAAAGACCCAGUUGCUUUCAAGGAGAGCUGGUUGAGGCUCAAGGAUGCCUAUGCCAAAGGUCUCGAGGAAAUCAAGGAGAAGGGAAGUGAUGUGAUUCCUUCUGUUACUUUGGACGAAUUAUCUGACAUGGACAAGACCAAGAAAGACGAAAUCUUGAAGAGAGGGUGCGUCGUUAUCAGAGGUGUCAUUCCUGAAGACGAAGCUGCUGGAUAUAAGGAUGAGGUUCUCGAGUAUGCCGAAAAGAACCCAACGACCAAGGGUUUCCCACAGCAUGCUAAGGUGGUCUACGAGCUUUACUGGUCCAAGCCACAGGUCAAAGCUAGAGCACACCCAAACUUGAGAAAGGCUACCAGAUUUAUGAACGGUUUGUUUUAUGCUGAUCCAGAUGCCAAGGUGCUUCUUGACCAGAACGUUUCCUACGCAGACAGAUUGCGUAUCAGACAACCAGGAGACGCUUUGUUCUCCCUUGGUCCUCACGCUGACGGUGGUUCGCUCGAAAGAUGGGAAGACGAAGCCUUCCGUGCCUGCUACACUCCAAUCUUUGAAGGUAGAUGGGAGGACUACGAUCCAAAUGAUGCUACUCACAGAAUCGAUGUCAAUAUGGACAAAUAUGCAUCCAAUGGUACUUGCAACAUCUUCCGUGCUUACCAAGGCUGGUUAGCUGUUUCCAAAGUUGCACCAAAAGAGGGAAGCAUUCUCUUCGGUCCAUUAGUCAAGGAGGCUACUGCUUACUGGAUGAUGAGUCCAUUCUUUGACGAGGACGACAACCUUCUUCUUGACUCCUCCUUGCCAGGUACAUUCCCAGGUAAAAGUCAGGAGUUCAACAACGAGACCCACCCUGGCCUCAGAUUGGAUGAUUUGAUGGUACCCGUGCCAGCAGUUCGUCCUGGCGACAUGGUGUUCUGGCACUGUGACUUGAUCCAUGCCGUGGAUUCAGUCCAUCAAGGUACCCAAGAUUCCUCUGUAUUUUACAUCCCUUCAGCGCCAUUGUGCAACAUCAACGUGAAGUAUGCCGCUGUUCAACGUGAAUCUUUCUUGAAGGGUCUUGCUGGACCUGAUUUCCCUGGUUUCCCAAAUGUCGUUGCCGAGACCAAGCACGUCGGAAGAGCUACCCCCGAAGAUGUUGAAGCCACUGGAGGUAUCGAGGCCCUUCAAGAACUUGGCCUUGCUCCAUUCAGUGCCGAUAACCUUACGCCCGGCCAAGCAGCCAUUGUCAAAGAUGCUAACGAUUUAUUGUUUGAAUGA